AUGGAUCCGCCCAAGAAGCUGUCUAAUCUACCCAGCACAGCAGAUGAUGGCAACGGGCGGGUCCAUUCCCUGUACACAUCCCCUGUGCUUCAGACGUCUCCUCACCCCAACAUGGAAGUCAUCCGUGUCCCAGGGUCAGAGUAUUCCUCGGUCCCCAGUAGCAUCCAGCAACAUAGCACAGAUACACGCAAGGACAAGAACAAGGAAAAGGAGGGCGCUGGGCACCGGCUGCUGAACAUGCUGAGAAAAACUCUUAAAGGGUCUGACUCUAAAGUAGGGGUUGAAGUAAUACCUGAGGUGCCAACUUUGGUGCCAUUUGGAGAUGUGGUUGGCUGCCUGGCUGUUCAUGUAAAGAACUGCAAACAUUUUAUACCUACAUUUAAUUUACAACAUUACAAUAAUUUGUUCAUUCGUGUCUCUAUAAACAACAUUGUGAAAUUCACAAAAAUUCGUGUAAUACCAAACAAUGAAAAGAACAUUAUCGUUAAGUUUAAUGAAGUGAAGUACUUUUCUAUACAGGUUCCCAGACGUCCAGAUGAUGAGCGGAAUAAUAUUUACUUAGAACUAAUGCAUUCUGACAAUAUAGAAAAAACUCCUGUCUUUCUAGGGAGUGUUCAUGUACACCUUUAUGAAGUGAUUCAGAAAGGAUCCUUUACUGAAGAACUUCAGAUGUUCAGUAAAAACACAUUUGUCUGCAGGGUGGAGGUGGAGUUUAUGUUCUCAUAUGGAAACUUUGGCUAUGGAUAUUCACAUCAGUUAAAACCUCUUCAGAAAAUGAUUGAUCGAUCCAUGUUUCUGAAUAUUGCACCACCGCCAGAAAGAACUGACCCUGAAGCAAAUGUAAUUAUGCCGCGGCCAAUAGAAUACCCAGCACUCUUAUCCCCGGACUUGAAUGUCACUGUUGGAAUGCCUCCUGACACAUCCACACUCAACCAGCCAUCUCUGAUCCAACUUGACAAGCUUCAACAACCCCGGGAAAGGCUUGAAAAAAUGAAGAAGGAAUAUAGAAAUCUGGGUACCUGGAAAGAAAAAGUUAACUAUUUAGAACGUGUUCUUACCCCAAAAUUGGAACAUAAAGAAUCUAAGGAAAAUACUACCAGUGAGGAAUUGGACAAAGUAUCUGAUGUGAUACUGGAAGAUACUGCAACAUCAGGUGUCUCUGUUUUAGAGGAAGAAGCUAAAACUGUUCCACAUAAGUUAUCAGAUAAUAAUGAUAACAAAGACCAGACUCCACCAACUUUGAGCCAGUCACCUGAAAAGAAUUCAGAAGCUCUUGCUCCUGAAUCAACAAAAAAAGCAGACACGCCACCUACUACGGCUCCACCUGCUACUCCUACCGGAGCAGUAAUCAAGGAGAACAAAACACCUGCAAAGGAAGACCAGUCCAAAGCCGAGCCAGAUGGAAAAACGGAUGAAGUAGUUCCUCCUCCUCCUCCAGAAGAAAGAAUGCAACCUAGCGCUCCAAGUAUUAUGAAAAGAGACUCAUCUCCAUCAGAGGUAACCAGUGAAUGCCUUACCGAGCAGAGUUUGAAUAGGCCUUGCUCCCUGGAAGAGGUAAUGCAAAGUAAGAGCAAUGCACAUAAAAAUGCAAAUGUAAAGGGGAAAAGUGUGGCCUUUUUACCACAAGAAUACUAUCCACCAUAUUUCAGAUCAAAAUAUACAGAAUUCAGACCAAGAUAUCAGAAAUUCAACACAAAGGACGGGUUUGAUCCUCUUCUAAGGAAUAUUAACAAUAAAAUGUCAGCCAGAAAAAGGAAAGACCAAGAUAUAUUCAAAUGUAGAGAGAGUUUAAGUGCAGAGGUUAUAGAACAUGAAGACCAAGAUCCUCCUUAUAGAACACCUUCAAAAACUGCAAGACCAACUAAUUUAGUCCUUAUCCGGACCCCUGAUUCCAUUACAAUAAAGGCUUUAGACAAUAAAGGUAACCUUAUGAGUAAGUUAUCUGGUGGCCCUGACAUUGCCCCAGUAAAGACUCCGGACAGUAAGAGUAAGUUAGAUGGUGGUCCUGGUAUCAUUCCAAUAAAGACUCUGGACACUAAGAGUAAAUUAGACGAGGGUCCCGAAAGCACCACAGAAAAGACUAUAGACAUUGAGAAUAAGUUAAAGGAAAGAACACCAGAUAUAUAUUCACCGAACUUUGAAGGAGACUCAUCAGUGAUUGGAAAAGCAAAUUCAUAUUGCCUUGCAAAUUCAUUAAUUCUUCCUGCCAGCAUAGAAACUUUAAAAAGUUUCAAGACAAUUUUUGAUAAAAAUCUGGAAAACCUUGUGGAUAAAAUCUUAUCUAAAGGAGAAGUUCAUAUGGAUGGCAGUGAAGCAAGAGAUGAAAGACCUACUUCUCCGCUUCUCUAUGUUUCUAGUGAACCAACAAGUAGUUUGCAAGCCCAACUACUUGAAAACAGUCAAGAUUUAAAGAGUUGGGUUUUAGAGAGUGAUACUUCCAAGUCUCUCUUAAGUCACAUAAUUAAAGAUGUAGCUACAGAAUCACUUGCAGAAAGUGAGGCAGGAAUUUCCCCAGAGGUAGAACGGGAACUUACUACUGGAAAACACUUUAAGACUGGUGAGGUUGAUUUUCCAGUUAAAAAAAAGAGUAGUUUCAAAAAGAAACAUUUACAAAGCGAAGAAUCUGUCUCCAAACCAGUUUUAAAUGGCUUUGCAAGUGAUUACAAUAUAAAGCAAAUAUUCACUGCACCAUACUUCUCAAAAAUAAGCAUGAAAGAAUUGAGUGAGACACAGAGGAACUUGCAGAAUCAAUUACCGACAAGUUGGGAGAGUUUACCUUCAUCUAUUCUACUUCACUAUAAAGAAAAAGAAGAAACAGAAUUGCCACAGGCCAAAUCUGUUAUAAGCCAGCUAUUACAGUCAUUUCCUAUAGAUACUCUUAUAGAGUCUGGGGUAAUCAAAGUGGUAGAACUAGAUAAAGAACACCAGAAGAACAUUUUGCCAGAUAUCGAGAUAGCCUUUGCUGACAAUAAUUUAAAGCGUUCCACAGAAGAUUAUUCAAAAUCUUUUCAAGAACAGGAAAUACCCAUCAUGUACAAAGAAGCCAUUCCAUUUAAUAGUGUAGAGUUUAUAAGCAAAGGUCAAACCAUGUCUCCAAAAGAUUCUACAUAUCAGUCAACACCCAACAAAAAAGCUGAUUUGCCAAGUAAUGGUCAGAGGCUUGACAGAAAAGAAAAUGACCUAAGCUCUACUUUAGAAAAUUUAAGUAACUUGUUAAUGGGUAACCUUCAUGAGUCAGAUAUAAUAACUUUAAACUCCCUUUUAAAAAACAUACUUAAUGCUUUUUUCAAAUAUAAUCAGGCUGAAAGAAGAGCCCCAGAAAAAGAAUUAGAAAAACUAAUUAACCAUUCUUUUCUAAAUAAUAUAGAACACCUUGAAGCAGCAAGAAAACAAUUUGAUAAAACAGAUGAUGCAGACAGAAAACCUAUUUUGAAUCCAAAGCUGUCUGCAUUUCUAGAAGAACUCUCAGAAUCAGAAAUAAAACAUUUUAAAUCUGAAUUAAGUAAACAUAUCCAGCAUUACCUUGUAGAAAGACUUUCAGAAUCAGGACAUAUCACCAAAGAGGACUUACCAAAAAUCUAUCAAAAUCUGUAUUUGAUGAAUAAGAAAACAGAACUGGAAGGGCAAAAUAUUUUUCUGGAGAAGUAUUCAAAAACUGUAAAAGAAAUUAUGUCUUUUGUAAAUAAUUUCAAUCAUCAUUUUAUAGAUAAACAUUUGGAAAUAAAGCUAAGAUCUUUUUUAACUGAAAUUCUCCAAAACUACUUCCUAAAAAACCUUUCAGACAGCAAUUUAUUUAAAGAGACAGAACCUGACACUGUACGCUCAAACAUGUCAUCCCUAAGAACUAAAAGUGUCCCAAUAUCUUUUCAUGAGUUAGAACAAGACAUAUCAAGGGGAAGUUUUGGCAGAAGACUGGACAUAAAUAUGAAAUAUCCCUUAAAUAAGUCUCUACAAAACUGUCUCAUAGCUUUAUCAAGAAAUGAACUAUUAAAUAUAAAAGCUAAUUUAAGGACACUCCUCCAGGGCAUUUUUAUAGGAAAACUUGCACAAUCAGGACUAAUCACAGAAAGCCAACUAGAGAAGAUCAACCGCCAGAUAAAUUCGAUGAAUUCUGGUUCUAAACCAAUAAAAAGCAUAAAGGCAGGUUUCUCUUUUGGAGAUGAACAUCAGUUUAUGGAAGAACAUUCAAAGAAGCAAAAUAAAUUUUCAGGAAUUGUUCAGGAACCCAAGGAUUCUGAGGAUAGAUUUUCAGAAACAGAUAGAAAGGAAGAAAAGGGAUAUUUUCCUUUGCACGAUAUUAAAGAAAAUUUAUCAGUUAUUAAGGAACAGAAAAGAUAUCAUCCAACAGAAGGAGCUAAAACACUAAAUAUAGUUAAAGUACAACCUGUUCCCAACAAAAAUAUCCAGAUGGUUCCAUUAAAUAAAUCACCAGAAAGUCUUACUGAUACAAUGCUUAGGAAACAAAGGGAAGAAAUUGGUUUCUUGCCACUUCCAAGAGCAGAAAAUACUGUUUUAAAAACAGAGAUUCAAAACCCACAGAAUUGGAGUGGUAAUUCACAAAUUACUGACCCAAAUACCUGCUUUGAAAGAACAUUGAAAACGAAGUUCUUCGAGAAAAAGGAGCAUAAUAAUAGCUAUAAAUUGAUGUUACAGGAAAAACAUGAAACAUUGCUGUUGCCACACCCAAGAAUCCCUAACUACAAAAUGCUAAAUAAAGAAUAUGUAGACAAACUCACUUUUCUUCCCAGACAGGGUAACUCUCUAACUCAUUUCAAUUCAGAGGCUGGAAGAGUAGAGGAUCAGUAUUGUCAGAGAUUGAAAGGAAAUAAUAAUAAUAAUAAAAAACAACAUUUUGUAACAUUUUCACAAUACAAAAAUGAAAUACAAACUCUCUAUACGAGCCCAAAUGAAAUUUGCAAUGAAAAAUAUGCCACGGUCCCAGAAUUACAGCCAUUUAAGUACAAAGCUGUGGAGUCUGAGAAAAGCUCAAAAUCAUCCCUCUUCCCAGAAGUAUUUAAGAGAGAAAAUGUCAAGCCCAAGGUCCGCAAAGAAAGAGAUCAUGCCAGCAGACAAAAGAAGUCACUUAACAGGAUGGCUAGGAUCCUACCAGCCACGCUGUCCUCCCCAAGAAGUCUUCUAAGGAAAUCUGUUCCAAAGACAUUGCUGCACUGGACUGCAAGAAGAACUGUACAUGAUUGUUCGGAUAGAUUUGAGGAUCUACCCAUGACCUCAUUUCAGCAUCUUGAAAACGCAAAAUCAAGAGCAAGGCUUUUAGGAAAGAGCACAGAUGAUAGACAUCAUCAGUUAAAACAUUUUGCAAGACCAUAUACUGCUCCAGAGGUUAACAAAAGACGAGAAAGCUACACUGGAAAAUAUACAAGUCUUCGAAUGGUUUCAGCAGGUUUAGCUCAUACAAAUGAUACAAUCCCAAGUUAUCAAAUCCAUAAACUGUAGCCAAAAAAAAAUUUAAGAUUAUUGAAAGAUGUUCAAUCAUUGUUGAUAUUAUCUAAAUGUUAAGUAACCAGAAUGCUUGCGAGACCAACCACGGCAGUAUCAUUUCUCCAAUUAACAAAAUGGUUUGGGGAUCUGCCCUUGUGUGUGAUAAAAGUCAGCAGUUAAAUUUCAUCGUACUAGAACCAUUUUGUUUUAAUUAAAAUGAAAAAGAAAUACUGAUGUAAAUGUGGUUUUGUUUAUGAAUUUUAGGGAACAAACCCUACUCAUACUCAGUUCCUAUUCAUUAUUAAAGUUUUGUUUCCCAGUUUUCCACUUUUCCA